GAAUUAUAAUUUAUUUGUCUAUAGAUGGUUUAGAAAAGAGGCAUAAAGAAAGAGCUCUAUGGACCCCAUCUCAUUUAGCUUACCUACGAUGAAUCACCCCAGACAGGCAGCAGGAAACACGCGUGGCGAACCUCUAUGGUUUCGGCAGAAGGUGGCCUUUGCCUGGAUUCGAGGGACGGGUACGGUAGCCGGGGAGGCCAUGUGAACAAAGGUCACUUUGCUCCAUCGCCCGCGCUUGUAUGAACGAUGACAUCUGAGCAGACUUCGCAACCGGAGAGUCGCGACUCUGGCGAAGAGCAGGAGGACGACUUUGGCUACAGUCGCUUUCCCGAGCGAACUCUUGGCCAGGGGAAGAAGCCCGCGUUGAAGGGAAAAAUCAUCUCCAGCUUGUUUGGUUCCCAGUAUAGGUGCCAGUCGAUGCUGAAGAUUGCCUUAGACAGUCCACAAGCUAAACUGCUACUUGAAGCUAUGAAGAAUUCUGGCUGUGCUGUUACCAAUAACCGACACAUUUCAUGUGAAAAUUGUGAUAAACAUGUUGGUGGAGGAUUUGAUUCUUCAGUAUCACAGAUUGUACUUUGCCAAAACAACAUACAUAGUCAAUCACAAAUGAACAGAGUGGUUGCUCAUGAACUUAUCCAUGCAUUUGAUCACUGCCGUGCUCAUGUGGAUUGGUUUAACAAUAUAAAGCACUUAGCCUGUUCAGAGAUUCGGGCAUCUAAUCUCAGUGGAGAUUGUUCUCUAAUAAAUGAGAUGAUGAGAUUUAGGUUUGGGCUGAAGCAGCAUCAGCAGACUUGUGUAAAGAUGAAAGCUGUUCGCUCCAUGUUGGCUGUUAGAAAUAUCACUAAAGAGAUGGCAGAGAAAGCAGUAGAUGAAGUCUUUGAAUCCUGCUUCAAUGAUCAUGAGCCAUUUGACAGAGUGCCUCACAGCAAAUUGGAUGCAAAGUAUGCAUACAGAGGUUUUCAAAACCGACACCGUUACUAUCAAAAUUUAUAAAUGAAAACUGUUUGUAUCCAGACUAUCUACCACAUUAGAGGAUAAUUGAAGUCCCUGGAGAGACUAUAUCCAGUUUGUUUAAUUUCCAUUCUGUGUUUCAUUUGCCCAAUUGAUUGAUUACUAUUUUUUUUCAACAAGCAAAAUGGAUGUUUGUGAACAUAGGCAUCAAGGGCUAGGCUCAAGGGAGGACAAAUUAUGAAAGUAGCAUCUCACUGCAAGCUCAGUAACUUUUAUUAUUUGCUUUUGCGUUGGGGGGAACAAAAGGAGAGAAGCUUGCCACAGAACUGAGCUUUGUUCACUUUGGCUUUCAAAUGUCUGUUUGUGUAUAUUACUCUUUUAAUUAGUUUUGCAAUUUUUUUCAUCCUUGUUUGAAUAAAGGUCAUGUUUAAUUGUAUGUACUUUA